AUCAUCAAGUUUAAAAUCCAAGUUGACCUACCUCGUUUCAUAAUGUACCCAGAGGUGCUUGACUUUGGUUGGGUAAUCUUUGGAGAAACCGGUAAAAUGUGGACACGAAUCAUCAAUAAAACUGAAGCGUCUCUAGUCUGGAAUGUUUCCCAUGAUGGCUGUACCUGUAAAGGGCAGUUCUUAGUUAAGCCUUACGGUGAUCUUCCUCCAGGACCUAACCAAAGAGAGAUCGAGGUGACGUUUGUUCCCAACAUGACAGGAACAUCAAGUUGUUUGUUAACGAUUGAGGAAGUCGCCCUUGGAACACGAAGGCACCUCCAAGUUACAGGGACAGCAACCAUGGAUGAAAAAUACAUGGUUGUUGUCAGCUAA